AUGGCAGACCUGUUCGACUCGGCGCUGAACUUGGAGGAGCAGCACAUACGGGAGGGCUACGAAGAGGGCGCCAGGGACGGCCGGCGCAGCGGGUUUGCCGAGGGCAAGGCCCUGGGGGUGGAGAAGGGGUUUGAUGUGGGGCACGAGGUGGGCUACUACGCCGGCUGCUGCCAGCUGUGGCGCCAGCUGCAGGCCCGCGACCCUCAGCUCUUCAGCCGGCGGAUAGACAAGGGCAUGGCGGCGCUGGAGGAGAUGGUGGCUGGGUUCCCGCUGAGCAGCCCGCAGGAUGAGCGGCUGCAGGAGCUGAUGGAUGGGAUGCGGGGCAAGUUCAAGGCGCUGGAGGCCUACUCGCCGGCGGAGCAGCAGGGGGACGGCGGCGGCGCCAGCGCCACCAGCCUCCAGUUUUGA